GGGGGCAUGGGGCAUGCGGGGCGCCAGUUCCAGGCCCUGUUUUGGAAGAACUGGCUCUGCAGACUGCGGCACCCGGUGCUCUCCCUCGCUGAAUUCUUCUGGCCAUGUAUCCUGUUCAUAAUUCUGACAAUACUUCGUUUUCAAGAACCUCCAAGACAUAGAGAUAGUUGUUACUUGCAAGCUCGAGAUCUACCCAACCGAGGCUUUGUUCCUUUUGUUCAAGGACUUCUUUGUAACACUGGGUCAAGUUGCCGGAAUGUCAGCUUUGAGAAUUCCAUGGACCACCAUUUUCGUUUGUCUAGGUUCCAGACUGUAGCUGACCACAAGAAAAUCAACAGCUUGGCCUUUUUAAAAGAGAUACAAGAUCUGGCUGAGGAAAUUUAUGAAACAAUGGACAAAGCGAGACACUUACAAACACUCUGGGUGAAAAGCUCAGAGGCCCAAGGUUCUUCUUAUGGCUUCGGUUUUUUAACAAUGGACCUCAAUAAAACUGAAGAGGUGAUAUCAGGAUUGGAAAGCCUCCACCAGCAACGUCACGUUUGGGACUGUCUACUUUCUUUGCCUAUAUUACACAUAACCAAUGCUUCUGUAGAAGAUGGUCUGUAUGCCACAGUACAUUGUCUACAGGUAGUUUUGAGUUCCUUAACAUCUCUGGGAGAAUUAGAUUGGCUACCACGCCACCAGACCUUCUUGCAGGUGUCAGGAAUUCUGAACGGGACUGUGUCGAUGCUGACGUUUCUGCAGCAGCGCCGAGCAGCCGCCAAUGAGUCUGAUGGCCGUCUGUCCCCGCAGAGUGUGGUGUGGGACCCACAGAAAGUCCAGUCUGAUCUCAAGGCUCAGUUUGGUUUGGAUGACUUUCAGAUGGAGCAGAUCCUGAACUAUUCAGCCGAGCUAAAGGAGGUGUUUGACCAGUGGCAACAGAGUGGUCUGCUUCAGAAUGUGCUGGCUGGUGUUAGCCACUGUCUAGGGGUCCUCACAGACCAGUUUGAAGAAGGGGGUGAGCCAUGGAAGGUGGCCGAAGCCCUUCAUGCUACACUGCUCCUCCUGAGUGACAGCUUGGCAGCUGGUGACCCUAGAGACAACCAUCAGUCCUCUCAGUUGUUCCAGCACCUGUGGAAAGUGCAGACGGUGCUGCAAAGCCUGCGCCCGGGGCCGGCUCUGAAGGGGCUGCUGCGGCUGGACGCUGCGCUCCGGAAUGUGAUCACCCAAGACUUGCGCUUUGUCCACGAAAUCCUCACUCACCUGAAGACUUCAGCAAAUGAGUUUAUACCCGGUGGAGCCGACCAAUGGAAACUAGAAAAAGAUGUGUUCUUUGGGGGCUUAAAGCAGCUGUGGUCACAGAAUGCCUCUGCCCGCUGCCUGAAUGGACACUUGUCGGAAGAGGCUGCCCUGCCUCCUGGGAGCUCCAGUGUCUGGGGCGCACUGUGUCACCGGGCCUCCUUCACCAGCACCAGGGUUUUAAAUGAGCUGCUCAGGGAAGUGGACAAUGCUGUUAAUAUUUUGCAAGAGACCAUUAUAGGAUGUACAAAUGGGACAGUUUCAAUUCCUGAAGAGUAUUUGGGCUGGCAAGAACUCAAGACACGGCUGUCAGAAGUGAGCCUCUCCUGUUCUCAGCUCUUCCAGGGCCCGGGGGCUGGCCUCUCACCCGAGAAUAGCUCCUCAUCUGGUGGCUGUGAGCAUCAGCUUGUCUCCACAGUGACAUCUCAUAUUCUUGAAAAAGUACAACUGUCCCUGGAACAAAUGCCUUACUGGAAAGUCUUCCCAGAAUUCAUCAGAAAGACUUGUGAAAUCACUCGAUAUGUGAAUAUGCAUGGAAGUUUCCAGAACAGCCUGAUGGCUUCCUCUGAGGACUCUCCUUGUUAUGCAGAAAACUUGGACUGGAAAGUCAUCAGUGAAAAUUAUUUUGUAUUUUUCAAUAACUUAAUGAAAUCUCCAAGAACUUCCAUAUUUAGGGCUUUAAACUUCACAAAGUACCUUCUAGUGGUGGAGAAAAGGCUGCAUGCCCCAGAGGAUGGAGAGAGUAAUGCUUUCUUAUCAUUUGUGGAAUUUUUUGUGAAUUUAUUUUUACCGUAUACGUCUGGCUUGCUAAAUGUUCCUGAAUUCUAUAACCGUUCUUCUGUCACCAAGGAUGUUCUGAGUAGAAGUAUUCUGUGGACAAAUCAAAGUUUAGAGAAAGAUGAACAUGAUGCUGAUAAUUGGACACUUUCAAGAUUUGGUAAACUUGUGACUGAAGCAAUGCAUACUCUUGACAGUCACUGGAUGAAGAAGGACUCCAGAAUUAUUUUGAGAUUUAUAGAAUUAGUACUUCUCGAAAUUGGCCCAGAGCUGCUAGAAUUAUGGCCCUAUGACAUUUCUAAAGGAGAAAGAGCUAAAUUAGAAGAAACCUUGUCUACAUUUUUAAAUUCUUCUGGUCCAGAAAAUAUGAAGAUUCCCAGUGAAAACUUUAACUUCCCUCAGUUCCUCCAUUCCAUCUGGUCAGCAUCACCAGCUAUGAACAUGGAUUUUGUACAUUUAAGUGAAGUUAUAAUACAGAAUCUCUACAACUUUGGAUUUCUGAUGCAGGAAGAGGUCUCUAUAGCCCUGGACACAAUCUAUGCUAUCCAGAACACAUCUGAUCUUUUUACAUCCCUUUCUGAACCUCAAAAACAAAAAGUGGAGAACAUUUUGACUCACAUCUACCUAAAUAUCUUCAAAGACAAAGAUUCAGCUUUACUUCUGCAGAUCUAUUCUUCAUUUUACCAAUCCAUUCAUAAACUCUUGAGCAUCCAGAGGAGGGAAUCUUUGAUCACUUACCUUGCCCAAGUCUCUAGACAGACUUUCGAUAUCAUCAAGCAAUUUAAUUCCCAAAACAUCAGUGAGGCGUUUUUGUUUUUAUCUGAGGCAGCAGGGGCACUUAGAGGGAUUUCUGAAGACUCUUACUGUCAACAGCUGCUUUCGGUUUCUCGCUUUUUGGAGCUUCGGGCCCGCUCCCUGCCAGCCGCUGAGGGCCAGCGGCCGGGCAUGAUCCACGCUACCCUGGCAGGCCUCAGGCAGCUGCUUGCCGUGGAUGAAGGCUUUCGCACUGCUUUGCUUGAGUACGUCCACCGCCUCUUCGGUGGCUCAGCAGAAGCCCCGCUGAUCAAUGAAUGCUUCGCUUGGGCAAAUGAAACCAUUUCUUCUGGGACUCACUCAGGAGAAGCGGGGUUUGCACGGACCCUUCGCUGGGCACGGGUCUUUUCCAACCGCUCAGCAGGUGCCAGUGUGGUCAGCGAGCUUUCGGCUGUGCACUGUACCCUUUCAUGGCUUCAGAUGUGGGCUGAAAUCUGGGGAUUCAUUUCCCAGAUAUUUCAAUUCGACCUGAAUAUAUUCACUCCACUUCAUGCAGGUCUCACUCAGCUUUUGGAUGAACUGGAAAAUGCUGUGAAAAUUUCCAAGAACUGCCAGGGACUAUUUCCUCCCCAUCACGCCGCUCGGCUCAUAUUACAUUUGUUUAAAAAUGUGACCCAGGCUACUGGGUUUUACAACUGGGAUGAUCUCUUAGAAUUCAGGGAUCUCUGGGUAGCAUUAGGUGAGGAAUUAGCUACUGUCAGAUCACUUGAUUUGGACCAGUUGGAGAAAUCAGUUUUCAUCAUAGAAACUUCCCUGCAGCAGCUGAAGACAUUUCCAGUGAACGCAAAUCCAACCCGGCCAUUUUUGCAGUCUCUUCUUGAUGUUUUCAUUGAGUUAAGCAAAACCUCAAAUUAUAUGGGUAAAAAUGUACAUUUGGUAAAUAAAUUUCUCUCAAAUAAUAUCUCAGAUCACGGAACAAACGUUGAAAGUGUCAUCACUGAGCUAAGAGAAACAAUAUCAUUUCUCCACAAUGUGUCACGCGAUCGAGCUUUAUUGUCCUGUAUUGACAUUUUCCAGCAGGUCACCGAGUUGGUUUUGGAAGAUGGCUUGUUAGAUUUAAACACUUCUGAGCGGACGGAACACAUUCUGGCCAGGUUGAACUCUGUGUUUUCCUCUGAGAACACCACCAGCACACUGAAAGGCUGCGACGCAUGGGUGGACAUCAUGAACCAUCUAGGCGCAAUGGACAACUCCAGUGUUUCACAAAGCCAUCUUCACAGUAUCCUGGGGAACUUUAAGGACAUAGAAAACAAAAUGAACUCUACAUUGAAAAUCUUAGCUUGGGUGCUAACUAGAAAGACACCACUUUGUUCCUUGAAUGAGUCAAAUAGAAAUUGUGUCAAUAAUGUCUUUAAAGACAUCAAUGAUUUUCUAAAUAUUAUACUUACUACAGGCUUGGAAAAAGAUAAAGUACCAAAAUUUGAGAUUUUAUCGGUUCUUUUAAAUAACUUCACACAGCAAGUCAGCAUGAUUAUCAACAACUUAACAGCAGACUUUGGUUUUUCCUCCCCAUAUAACUGGGAACAUUUUCAUGAAUUAAUUCUAAGACCUAUAGAAAUAGCAGAUAAAAUUCCUGCCGAGUUUCAAAAUCUUUGGUUGUAUGUGAUAGCACUAGGGAAGGAGGCACAAGCACUGUUAAGAGGCAUUUUCCCUAAUAUUCAGGAAAAUAAUUCCUCUUCUAACAUUGAAAAAAUAUUUAGUGUAUUUCCUACUAGUCCAAGGGAAAAGGAUCUAAGCAGGUUAAGCAGUUCAGUUCAUCACUUAGCUCAUUAUUUUGUGUUCAAUUUAUCUCAUGACCUUCAAAAUUCAUCAGAAGUAAUUCCACGUGACAUCCUGAAAGCUGUGAGUCUCAGUAUCCAACUGGUGAGAGAUGCAUUCAACUCUCUAGAGCCCGCCAUUCGUUACACUAUUCCACAAAAUGCAGGCGAUGCUCAAGUUUUAAAGAAAGUGACAUCUCUCAUGCACACUCUCCGGAAGGGAGACAUCGAGCUUUUAGUAGACCAGCUUGAACAAACUGGGGAAAGCCUGAUGGAUUUCUUUAAGAAUCUCAGCAGAUUAAGGGGUGGUAAUUUAGGGGACCACUUGCUUGUUGACUUGAUGGAAAAGUUAGUAGACAGCUCACAUUCCUGGGAUGUUAACCACCUGCUACGGCUCUCUCGCCUGUUUCCUAAGGAUGUUGUGAAGACUGUGGUGGACCUGUACUAUGCUCUUCCUCACGCUGUGGGGCUCCUACGGGAAGUCAUGGAUGAAAACAUCACGGAGGGCCUGAGGGAUGUCUACAACUUCACUCUUGUUCAUGGCAUGCGCAUUUCCAACACCACCAAGGAAGACUUUGCAGUUGUGAUCAAAAUCCUGCUGGAUGCCACUGAGUUACUGUCAGAUCAACCAGCUAUUGUUUUGGAGGCUUUAAAGUGCUUUCCUGUGGUUUGGUGCUGGAAUUACACGACUUCUGAGUUUCGGCAGAACUCAAGGGCAACACACUGUAAUGUCCGUGAGUUUCCAUCUUCUUCUUUUUAUCACUCGGUGGCCAGAUUACUGGACCGUGUCCACCUGCCAGCCGUGGCCGGAGAUUCAUUGUGUUCAAGUGAAAACUUACAAGGGGAACUAAGCCGGGAAGUGGUCUGUGUGAUUCACGAGGUAGUGGACUGGAAUUCUAUUCUUUCAGAGCUUUUGGAGCUUUUCCAUGGCAAAACUUUACUGGUGAAAACCGCGCAGGAAUUUUGGCACAAGGUGUUGCCAUCUGAAUUACUUUCUAGAAAUCAAAGUAAUGAUGACAUGUCUGAACUUUGCCCUGGUGGUACUAUAAAGCAUGUUGCCUUGAAAAUCAUAGAAGCAUUAAAAAAUGUCAACUUUACAAAACUUCUGCUAGGUGAAAGCAUUCUGGACACACUAGCCAGUUUUAGUAAGAUUGUCAACAUUACUGAAGGCCUAGAGAUGUUUGGCCCAAACAGGGUUUCCUUAAAUUUGGAAAGGAUAGUCAAAUCGAUUUCUGAUGACUGGAGUCUAAAAAAUAGUAUCAAUACCCUGCUCUCUCCACUCAUUGCCCUUCUGAAUACAAAUCUUUCAAGCAGUAGCUUCAACGCAGUAUCAAGUUUAAUUGAAAACAGUGGAGAAGUACUCAGCUCUGGAGAACUGUGGGCUGACUUUAAGCCAACUGUGGAAGAACUAGCUCACGACUUCAGCCUAAGGCAUCUGAUUUCAGAAAUUAACAGAGACUCUGAGGGUAUAAAUUCUAUGGGACUUCGAAACAUGACUUCACAGCUUUCUAAUUUUCUGGAAAUUCUGGCUUCAUCAUCAUUGAAGAAAUCAGAAAUUAUCAAAGAUUUUCUACUGGUUAUGAAGCCCUGGCUUCAAGAGCAUGCUAAUGAAGAUUACUUCAGGCUGAUACAAACAUUAUUCAUUGCCAUUGCUCAUGAGAGUCCAACUGAUGAUGUAGCUUUGUUGAUGAAGGACAUUUAUGCCUAUUUCAGCUAUCUCAGAAACAUUUCUAGGGAAGGCAAUUUAGAUGUCCCCUUUCUCACCUACCUGCUGAAUCAAGAACAGCUAACUAAUUUCUCAGUCACUCAGUUUCUUCUUGAAAGCAUUGUGAUUAAUUCAACUAAUCAAGUAGCAGUGAGUCCUCAAGAAGCAGCUCCAACUUUAAGUGACACUGACCUUCAAAUAAGGAAUUUCAUUAACCUCACCUUGAGCCAUUUAGUUAGCUUCGCCUUGAGCUAUGUACAGCCAGAAAAUGGCGGGGGAGCAGUUCUUCCUCCAGGAGGCCUAGUGAACGUCUUGGAACAGCUUUGGAGAACAUUUGCCUCCCGUUUACUCAUGGACUCUUCUGAAAACAGAAUAUCACUUCUGCUUAAAGACUUGCACAGAGACGUCACUGCAGAGAUGAGUUUUGUGCCCAAAGAUAAAAUUCUAGAAAUUCUGAAACUGGACCAAUUUCUUACUUGGAUGAAUGAAGACAGAUUGAUGAAUAUUUUUUCAAGUUUCAAGGAGUCUGUGAAUUAUCUAAUUAAAAACUUAUUUACAUCAGGCAACAGAGAACUCACUUUUGACAGUCACCAGAGACUAGCAUUCAUGCAAGAUUUAUUUCUUACCCUCCUAUUGGAACCACUGAAGAAAACUGAGAAUGAAGAUAAUAUAGACUUCCUCUCAGUGGUCAGUCAGUUGCUUUUACAGGUGAAUGGUUCUAAAGACCUCUUCAAACUCAACCAAAAUCUCAGGUCAGUUCUUCACCUUGUGAGAGAAAGUUCCACUGAAAUUGCAAAUCUUCUGGUUACUCUUUUUGACCCUGUUAAUCAGGAUUUCUGCGCCUCAUCUCCUGCGCUUCAUGAACUUGCAGAAGCUAAGCUAACUGACUUAUUGUCCUUCAUCAAUACUUCAUUCCCUUUAAGAAACAGUGAUACCUUAGUAUUGACUAGGAGAGUACUUGGUGCUAUUUCCCGAGCUAGUGAGAAAAGUCCUCUUCUGGAGCCUGUCUUAGAAGUAUCUAGAACUUUGGCCAUGCUGGUGAAUGAUAGUGCUGACUUGGGAGAUCUUGCCGCAUCAGUAGACUCCACAGUGAGUCUUCUUCAGGUGGCGAAGAAAGUUUCAAGGAAGAUGACCAUACUAUUUAGAACAUUUUCCAUCUAUAACACCAUGGACACCAUGAAAUUCUUUGACAUGCUCUAUUCGGUCAUGCAACAACAUGUUCGACAUCUUGUGAAGGAUGUGGCUACUUUGAAAGAAGUCGAUCACUUCAUAUUCGAAAAAACAAACAAUUUGUUGAUGCCAUUUCUUGACAUGGUCUUUGGGGUGAUGGGGUUGAAACCCAAUGUUUCCCAGGACUCUGAUAGCUCCAGCAUGCUAAGCGUACUUUCACAUGUGAACCAAUCUGAAGAGUUUACUUCUGUUUUGGAAGAAGUGGCUGAGUUUUUAAUUUCUGGGAAAAUCAGUUUGAGAGAUUUAGAGCAUCUCUUGGUGGUGGUGAAUAACAGGACUCAACAUUUCUCUACUGAUUCGGUCAACUUGUGGAAAGACAUUCUGGAUUGCUUAGUUCCUAUAAAUAACAUGAUCAAGCAAAUAGACUUCUUGAAGCCUAGUCGAACUUUUACUCACAGUGACCCCCAAGAUACAAAAUGGAAAGGAAUUCAUCCAGCGAACCUCCUUUUGGAUGAAAUGUUAACAGAGAACCAGACAGAAAUAGGCAGUUGCUUGAAAAUGGUGAUGAAUUUCACCUCAGAAACUCUUUGGAACAGCACAAAGGAAAGCACCUGGGAUAUUUUAAAUAUGUUAGUGACACUUGCCCAGGAUCCAAAUAACUUUUUAAAAAUCAUAGGAGCAGUUGGAGAAGCCUCUGGUGGCAUCAGAACCGACUGUGGAAAAGACUUAAGUAAAAUUUUAGUUCUCCUCUGGUCUUUGAUGGAGGACACGGAGACGGUGCUCUCAGGACCAGGGCUCCCCCGGCAUCCUGGGGGCUCUCUGUGGGUAAAUUUUGCAAGCGCUUUAUUGUCCCCUGUUUUCAAGAGUUUUCUUUAUGCAACGACCAGACAGGAUGCCACAUCAGUGGAAGAAGAGAGGGCCCAUGAGAAGGUUGAUGUCCCUCAUAGCUUCAGAGCACCGUCACACGUCAAGGACCACCUGAAGAAAUUAAUUGUGCUGAUCGAACAUUGGCGAAAAGACCCCUUGUUGGACCAAAGCGUCGCUGAGAGGUGCCACGUCCUCCGGAGGCCGCAGUCGCCCUCGGGAGCCGCGGAGCCGCUGCAGAGGGCCGAGAUGCUGCUUCUGCGGGCGGUCGUCGUCCUUGCAGAAAACCCUACCCUCACCAAGGACAUUUUGUGCACUGUGCUGAGUUGCAAUCAAGGUGGAAUAAGGCAUCUCAUUUUAUCUGCUCUGCAAGGAGUCGCUUUGGUACACAGCCAUUACCAGGAAAUUGGAAGGAUAUGGUCUUCACCUGAUCAACUAGAUUGUGAACACCUCAGCAGGAAUCUUUCACGUGCCUUGGAAAGCUUCGUAAGCCACCUGGAAAAUGCCUCCAGCCAGGACUGCACGUGCCAUCCCCUGGUGGUGACAGUUCAGCAGCACAUGGACACGUUGGCCCAAAGCUUUAAGGACACUUGGAUGUCAAGAAACCCCAUUAUGGCUUUCUUUAGCAAUUUCACAAUCACUGAGGGUAUAAAAAUAAAAGAUUUGAUGAAGAACAUCACCAAGUUAACUGAAGAUCUGCAGUCCUUUCUCCACAUGUCAGACGAAACCAUCCACAGCAUCUUAGAAGGAAACAUUUCCUAUUCCAAGGUCCUCUCCAGUGCCCUCACCAUAGCUUUGUCUGGAGAGUGUGAUGAGGAAAUUCUUCAUCUCCUGCUGACGUUUCCUGGGGAGGGAAACACCCGGCUUGCCAUGCAGGAACUCUGUGGGCUGCACGGGUCUGACGUCUACACUCUGCUUGUGGUGCUAAGCCAGAACCUGGACCUUCGGACCUUCGUCUACCAAGCUCUGAUACCCUCUGAAAUAAAAGACAUGCUCGACUCCCUGUUGGAUGUCAUUUCCAGCCUCAGCUCCCUACUUGCCAAAGCACAGCACGUUGCUGAAUACCUUCCAGAAUUUCUCCACACAUUCAAAAUCACUGCCUUGCUCAAUAUGCCAGACAUUCAACAGGUGUCGAAAGCUAGCCACGCACGAAGCCCAGGCUUUGGUUCCUUCCAGUGGGUGAUGAAGCUGAUCUGCCGGGACCACGCCUCCCUCCCUAGCAACUCUAACAUGUUCCUUAGCCUGCCCAGAGUGAACGAGCUCUUGGAAGAUGAUGAAGAUAAAUUCAACAUUCCAAAAGAUUCAACUCCAUUUUGCUUAAAGCUUUAUCAGGAAAUUCUACAGUCUCCAAACGGGGCAUUGAUGUGGUCCUUCCUCAAACCUAUAUUACACGGAAAAAUACUCUACACACCAAACUCUCCAGAUAUUAAUGAGGUCAUUCAAAAGGCUAAUCAUACAUUCUAUUUUGUGGACAAGCUAAAAAUUUUAGCAGAAACACUACUGAAGAUGUCCACCCUUUUCCAGGGAAGUGGAAAUGGCCAAAUGGCCAGUAAGCUGCAGGAAGCACUGAGUAACAAAUUUAUAAGAAAAUUUGUGGAGAGCCACUUGCAUAUUGAUGUGAACCAGCUUACAGAAAGUCUCCAGAUACAUGGAGCGAUUCUGGAUCAAACACUUAACCAUGUGGGGGCUGGACACUUCCGGUUCUUGGCCAGCAUCUUGGUCAAUUUGUCUUCCUGCGUGGUGCUGGACCGAUUCCAGGCAGUGGAGUCUGUUGACAUUCUGGAGAACAUGGCCCAUGAACUCAUGCAGCGAAACAGCUUUUUGGCCAGUGUCAUAUUCAACAGCUCCUUAGUCCGCAGGCGUAUCAGAGCCGCCUCUCUCACGUUGCCGCCCCAUGUCACAUACACAAUCCGGACCAGCGUCUUAUACAGCAUGAGGACAGACCUGAUCCAAAACCCUUCCUGGAAGUUCCAUCCGCAGAGUCUGCCAGCUGAUGGAUUCAAAUACAACUACGUCUUUGUCCCACUCCAAGACAUGAUUGAAAGGGCCAUCAUCAUGGUGCAGACUGGAAGGGAAAGCCUGGAGCCCACCACACAGACCCAGGCCGCUCCCUACCCAUGCCACACAAGUGACCUGUUCCUGAACAAUGUUGGUUUCUUCUUUCCACUGAUAAUGAUGCUGACUUGGAUGGUGUCUAUGGCCAGCAUGGUCCGGAAGCUGGUUUAUGAGCGAGAGAUCCAGAUAGAGGAGUACAUGCGGAUGAUGGGGGUGUAUCCCGCAACCCACUUCCUGGCCUGGUUCCUGGAGAACAUGGCCAUGUUGACUCUGAGCAGCGCUGCCCUGGCCAUCAUUCUGAAAACCAGUGGAAUCUUCGCACACAGUGAUGCCUUUAUUGUUUUCCUCUUCUUCCUGGAUUUUGGGUUGUCAGCUGUCAUGCUGAGCUACUUCUUAAGUGCGUUUUUCAGCCAAGCGAAUACAGCAGCCUUGUACACCAGCCUGGGCUACAUGGUCAGCUUUCUGCCCUACAUAGUCCUGUUGGUCCUACGCAGCCAACUGGGUUUUGCCAUUCAGACUCUUCUGUGCUUCCUCUCCACAACUGCCUUUGGACAAGGAGUCUUUUUCAUCACGUUUCUGGAAGGACAAGAGACAGGGAUUCAGUGGAAUAACAUGUACCAAGCGCCAGAACCAGGGGGCAUGACGUUCGGCUGGGUUUGCUGGAUGAUUCUCUUUGAUUCGAGCCUUUAUUUUUUAUGUGGAUGGUACUUCAGCAGCUUGGUUCCCGGAACCUUUGGUUUCCAGAAACCGUGGUAUUUCCCCUUCACCGCACGGUAUUGGAAAAGUCUGUGUGGCUUGAUGGAGAAGCAGCGGCUUUCUCUGAGGUCUGGUCUGUUUUUCUUCAAUGAGGACUUCAGCCAUGAAGGGUCUUCACAGAGAAACACAGCGCGAGAGCUGGAAGAAGGUCCUCCUGGAGUAUCUCUGCUGUCUGUGACCAAGGAGUAUGAGGCCCACAAGGUGGCUAUACAGGACCUCACUCUCACCUUCCACAGGGGCCAAAUCACUGCCCUGCUGGGGACCAAUGGAGCCGGCAAGACCACCAUCAUAUCCAUGCUGACGGGCCUUUACCCUCCCACUUCUGGAACCAUCCUGAUCAAUGGCAAGAACCUGCAGACAGACUUGUCUAGGGUCAGAGCGGAGCUGGGGGUGUGUCUCCAGCAGGACGUUCUGCUAGACCACCUCACCAUCCGGGAGCACCUGCUGCUCUUCGCUUCCAUAAAGGCUCCAUGGUGGACGAAGACGGAGCUACAGCAGCAUGUCAACAAAACUCUUGAUGAAGUGGGGUUAACACAGCACCAGCACAAAGCAGCCCAAGCCCUUUCUGGAGGCAUGAAGAGGAAGCUGUCCAUUGGCAUUGCUUUCCUGGGCACAUCAAGCACCGUGAUUCUCGAUGAGCCAACCAGUGGGGUGGAUCCUUCCUCUCGUCGCAGCCUCUGGGACAUUCUGCUUAAGUACCGGGAAGGCCGCACUAUCGUUUUCACAACACACCACCUGGACGAGGCUGAGAUGCUCAGUGACCGUGUGGCCGUCCUCCAGCAGGGCCAGCUUCGGUGCUACGCUCCUCCUUCCUGCCUGACAGAGGCCCACGGCCAAGGCUUCACCCUGUCGCUUGCCAAACAGAACUCUGUUCUGGAAGCUCAUGAUCCCAAGGGUGUAGCUCCUAUUACAUUCCUUGUACAGAGCUAUAUUCCACAAGCAUCUCUCAAAAACACCAAUGGGAGAGAGCUGACCUACCUCAUCCCCAAGGACUCAGACAAGACCUGCUUCAAAGGACUUUUCCAGGCCCUGGAACAGAACCUACAGCAACUGCACUUGACUGGGUAUGGCAUCUCAGAUACCACCUUAGAAGAGGUAUUUCUGAUGCUUUUGCAAGAUCCCAAGAAGACAUCUCACAUUUCCCCAGUAACCAAGUUAGAGCCUCAAAGUGAGAAACCUGUUGGAUCCUCUCCUGUCCCCUGUGGCUCUCCCACACCUUGCCCAUCUAUGUGGACCCCGCGUGAGCCAGCGCAAGGACACUUACUGCUUCUGACCCAGGUGACUGCACUGCUGAAAAAGCGGCUGCUGCACACGCUGCGAGACUGGAGGAACACAGCCUCGGCGCUGGGGCUGCCCGUGCUGUUUGUGGCCUUGGCCAUGGGCUUGUUCAUGGUGCAGCCUCUGGCCACCACCUACCCUCCCCUCAAACUGACACCUGGCCACUAUGAGAGGGCCGAAACUUACUUCUUCAGCAGUGGGAAUGAUGACGCGGACCUCACGCACAUACUCUUGCAGAAGUUUGGAGACCAGGAUCCUCUCUGUGCUGGGGCAGACCCACAUGGGAAGAAUUCUUCAGGCUGGCAUAGGGGUCUCUAUUCUCAUCCGGAAUUCCAGGAUUCAUGUGGCUGUGUGAUGUGUCCAAAUAGAAGUUCCAGCACUCCCUACCGGACCAACUGUCUGGGACACACACUACUCAAUCUGUCAGGCUUUGAUGUGGAGGAGUAUUUGCUGGCACCAUCUGCAAAACCAAAACUUGGAGGUUGGUCUUUUGGAGUGCAAGCCCCUGAGGAAGUUCAAGAUGUGGAUACAAACUUCUCUAAACCAAGAACUCUGGCCAAGGUGUGGUAUAACCAGAAAGGCUUCCAUUCCCUACCUUCUUACUUAAAUCAUCUCAACAACCUGAUUUUGUGGCGACAUUUAUCCCCUCUCACUGCAGACUGGAGACAGUAUGGAAUCACACUCUACAGCCACCCAUAUGGAGGGGCCUUGCUGAAUGAAGACAAGAUCCUGGAGAGCAUCCGUCAGUGUGGCGUCGCCCUCUGCAUUGUUCUAGGAUUCUCUAUCCUGUCAGCAUCCAUUGGUAGCUCUGUGGUGAGAGACAGGGUGACCGGAGCCAAAAGGCUACAACACUUAAGUGGCCUUGGUCACAGGACAUAUUGGCUGACUAACUUCUUGUAUGACAUGCUCUUUUACUUGGUUUCCGUCUGCCUGUGUAUCUCCAUGAUAGUCGCCUUCCAGUUAUCAGCCUUUACUUUCCGGGAGAACUUGGCGGCCACAGCUCUCCUGCUGGCACUUUUCGGAUAUGCAGUACUUCCAUGGAUGUAUUUGAUGUCUAGAAUCUUUCCUAGUCCCGAUGUGGCUUUCAUCUCCUACAUAUCCUUGAACUUUAUCUUUGGCCUGUGCACCAUGCUAAUGACCACCAUGCCAAGGCUCCUGGCCAUCAUUUCCAAAGCUCAGAAUUUGCAGGAUAUCUAUGAUGUCCUCAAGUGGGUGUUCACUAUUUUUCCUCAAUUCUGCCUGGGCCAAGGACUAAUUGAACUCUGCUAUAAUCAGAUCAAGUAUGACCUGACCUACAACUUUGGCAUUGAUUCCUAUGUGAGUCCCUUUACGAUGAACUUCCUGGGCUGGAUCUUUGUGGUGUUGGCCUUGCAGGGCACAGUUCUUCUCCUCUUGAGGAUUCUGCUACAUGGGGACCUACUGUGGUGGUCAAGGGGUCACUCUGCCCUCCAAGGCACAUGCAAGUCUGCCAGGGACAUAGAUGUGGAAGAAGAACAGAUGAGGGUGCUUGAAGGAAGGACCAGUGAAGACAUUAUGGUGUUGUACAAUCUUAGUAAAAGUUACAGGGGUGUUUUCAAGAAGGCUGUGGCUGUGCGAGGUAUCAGUCUGGGCCUCCGGAGAGGAGAGUGCUUUGGGCUGCUUGGUGUGAACGGCGCUGGGAAGAGCACAACAUUCAAAAUCCUGGCCGGGGAACUUCCUCCGAGUUCAGGACAUGUGGUCAUCAGGACUCCCCAAGGGGAUGCUGUGGGUCUGCCUGCUGCUGGCCGGGCAGGCAUUCGCAUUGGCUACUGUCCACAGCGAGAUGCCCUGGAUGAGCUCCUGACAGGUUGGGAACAUCUCCAUUACUACUGCAGCCUGCGUGGAAUUCCAAAGCACUGCAUCCCAGAGCUCUCUGCAGACCUUGUAAGGCGUCUACAUCUCGAGGCUCACGCAGACAAGACAGUGGCCACCUACAGUGGGGGAACCAAACGGAAGCUCUCCACAGCCCUGGCUCUGGUGGGGAAACCUGACAUUCUUUUACUGGAUGAGCCCAGCUCUGGGAUGGAUCCUUGCUCGAAGCGGUGCCUGUGGCAGACAAUCAUGCAGGAGGUUCGAGAUGGCUGUGCUGCAGUGCUGACCUCUCACAGCAUGGAAGAGUGUGAGGCUUUGUGCACCAGGCUGGCCGUAAUGGUCGAUGGCAGCUUCAGAUGCCUCGGCCCUCCGCAGCACAUCAAGAGCAGAUUUGGUGAUGGUUAUACCAUCAAAGUUUGGCUCCAUAAGGAAGCAAAUGGACCUGAUACUAUUUCGGACUUCCUGAAGCUCCACUUCCCAGGAAUCCGGUUUAAGGGACAGCAUCUUAAUUCCCUGGAGUAUCAUGUGCCAAAACAUUGGGAAUGCCUAGCUGACUUGUUUGGCAUUCUAGAGAACAACAAGAGCCUCCUGAGGAUUGAGCAUUAUUCCAUUAGCCAGACCACUCUGGAACAGGUGUUUAUUAAUUUCACUACUGAGCAGCAAACUUCAUAUGCUCCUCUUGACCCAUCCACGGGCCAUCAUCACCCACAUCACAUACCCAUUUAGUGACUGGAGGAGCAAGUUUGUCUUCUGUGACAGUUAAUAUCAAGCACCAAACACACACAGCUGAGGAGUUGGAACAUAUGCUCCAGAAAGUGACUGUAUAUUCACUCUUUCAUUUUAUAUUUGGAAUAACCAGCAAAUGGAUGAUCAUUCCUUCUAUAGACUCUUAGAGUUUCUCUGGUACUUUCUGCUCACAGAGCUAAAUGGGCUUUCUUCUCUGUGGGAAAGGCAGGAAUGAAUGUGCAAAGUCCAAACUGGUAUGUUCAGGAGCCAAAAUGGCCAUUUUUCAUGACACAGACUAAAUAUUUCAUUUUUCUCUUAAGAAAAUCAAGGCCCCAAAUUAUUUGUGCAAGAAAGUAUAUCAAAGACUGUUUUCUGUUUUUGUCACCUUUCUAGAUAUGCUUCAUGCUUUUAAAUAAAACCUUAGUGAUAUAAAUGCAUACUUGGCCUAAAACUGAAUGACUAUAUAUGACAUGACAUGAAGCAGUGCCAUGAUGCAUGCAAUAUGUACACUCAAAAAACAAGAAUCAAACCAUUAGCCAAAUGAAAGACCUUGAAUAUUUGCUCUUGAUCAUUUAUAUCAGUCCUGCUAGAAUCUCACAGAAUAAUUUUAUUAUGGGUAUCCAUCAAGAAAGAAAACUGGAUUGUUUUCUUAAUUUGAAUGAAUAAUUACUUGUUGGUUUCCACAGUGUGGUGGUUCCACUGUCCAGCCCCCACUUCAGAGAAAGUGACCCUCAAACCCAUGGGCUGGCACCAAGAACUGUGGAUUUCAACAUACGUAAUCCAGUGUCACAGUCAGUGGCCUAAGUAAUUGUCUAGAUUUACCUUCUAAUGAUGUGUGUGAUGUUUGCACAGUGUAUAGUAACAACACUAAUUUUAAAUAUGUUUCACAAAUUUCUAAGAAGUAUCAUUCUCAGAAUUUUCCUCAAAAACAUGGCUUCCUAAAGGACUAUAGAAGUAAUAAUCUACAUCUCACAGUUAUUAAGAUUAUAUGUUAAUAAAAUCAAUGUAUUUGCUGUUAAAAAUUAAAAUUAAAAAUUAAAGUAAUAAUCUACAUCUCACAGUUAAUAAGAUUAUAUGUUAGUAAAAUCAGUGUGUUUGCUGUUAAAAAAUAGUUUCCAGUCAGGCUUUUCUGAGCAUUUUUAAGAGAAUCCUCCAAUUUUCAAUAAAAUGCCACGUUAAUUUCAUUAUGAGAUUUGCCCUUUUCCAAAUUAGCAUCUAGUAAUAAUAGCUCAUUAUAGAGAAAAACAAUUGUGACAUUUCUAUCCAAAGAUUUCAUUAAAUCUGUAUUUACUGCAUAUAAUUUUAUAUCAGAAAUACUUUUAAAUAAUAGGAAUUAGAAUUGUGGACAGCUUUGAUGUCAGUUGUUUUGAUUAAGAUGUAUCACAUGAAUUAUGCUGUCCUUAAAUAUGUUACAAUUUAGAAUUUUAUAAUUUUUUUCCCACCACUUCUGAUGUAGUAUAAUUGUGAACAUAAAGGACAUACUCUUUUUCUGUUGUUGAAUCAAUGAAUAUCAAUUCAUGUAACUUGAAUAUACUUAUAUACUGCAGUGAAUAAAUGAAGUAUGCCAUAAUUGAACCUGG